AAAGUCAUCGGUGGCGAAGCGGAUGAAAACUGCAGCCGCACUCAGAAGGUGAAUGACCCCCAGCAGAACUUUGGCCAGCUUUGCCGGACAGCAUUCGCUGAGCUGAUUGAAUCGAAUGAUCGGCCAGAUAUGCUAAACUUCCGUUUCCUUUUGUGGAAGUGCAUAGAGAAGUUGUCAGACGUUGCAGAAUCGAAGACACGCUACUUAUCUCCCGUUUUGUUGCGGAUUAUGGAAAAGGAACUUAUUAUGCUCGACAAAUCGAUGGCUGAAACGGAAGACAUCCGUGUUCAUCACAUGGCAGAAACUGUUGAUGCAGAUCACGCGGUCGAAAAGGUAAAACCUGAAAGCGCUUUGAAAUUGCGCGGUGGGCUGGUCUUGAGAACGCUUAUCACAUGCUUGAAUGUAUAUUCAAAAUUCCGACAUGCAGAAUCCGUUGCGAAAAGCGAAUUUUUAAAAACCUGGUAUCAUAAGUUGCUCACGAAUAGUCAACCCAUUGUGCAGAAGGCUGCUUUAUCGUGCGUGCUUUCGUACCGUGACAGCGAUUUGGAAAAUUACAGAGAAUUUCUUUUCAAUAUUUUGGACGACCAGUCAUUUAAUGAUCAACUGAUCAUGUUUUGUAUCGAUCCAGUGCUUACGAAGAUACCCACUGAACAGCGAAUGAAGCUGAUGCCGCUUUUACUCAGGAUAUUGUACGGAAGGAUGAUUGGACGGAAAGGGGCAUUGGAGCGCAGGGAUAAAAUAUUUCGUUUUCUGAUAGGGUUAGAGCAAGCGGAAAUGCGUAUGUUCCUGGCUAUCGUUUUUGCUCCUUUACAAAGGUUCCUUUCGGACGAUGUGAGUGUCGCUGCGUGUCUUGUCUCCGUUGAAGAUGCUUGCAACUUUGCCGCAUUCAUACCCCUUCGGAAGUUGACCGGAAUUGUGGAGACGUUGUCAGCGGUUUUGAAACGAAUGAGCGUACAAGUUUCCUUCUUCCGGAAAAGUCUUUUCAAACUGUGUCUAAUUCUGUACACUCUACCAACGUGGAUCCUGUCACGCAAAGAAGGCGCAUCUUUGAAUGCCGUUGCAUUUGCUCGCCACAUUCGCCUGUCAGCGCAACGCCGUAUAGUAGAGCAUUCUACCUUUCAGUAUUUUAAUGCGUUUAAUUGGAUGCCGUUGGAUAUGGACGAAACAGCGUCGUUGUUCAAGUUAGUGAUAUGGCCGCAGCUUGGAGUUUGCAACUUUUUUGAUAACAAGAACAACCCUGGUACUCUUUGGAACUUGUUUAUGACCUGGAGUAAUUCAACGAUUUUUUGGCACAUGUUGGACCAGGAGGAGCCGGAUUCUAAAAUCAGUCCACUUUCGGCAUUGUUUACCAUUUUGGACGAUCAAGAGACUUCAAUUAAUAGUCAAAAUAUCAUUCUUAAAAUAGUCAACAAUCUUUUGUUAUUAAUGAACAAUGAUCGUUUAUCUAACGACUCUGUGAAUUCGCAAAGAGGAAUCGUUCCUACCUCUGAAAUAGGCAAAAUGCUUUUACGGUAUGGCAAUCGAUUGGCGAUGUUCUUAUACCAGCGACAAAAGACUAAGAGAACCGUCGACGAAAUGGAUCUGUUUAUUCUUUCUCACCUGUGCAAGCAGAGUGUCACAGAUCAACCGCUGCAGCAAAUGUUCGUCACAUUGUUGCUAUCGUUAAUAUUCAAAAAACACUUGCCUGAGGCAUCAGAACAGGACAUUCUAUGUACCAUCUUGUCGCUUCUUCGCCUUCUUCCUGAACCAUCAGCUUAUUCUUCUUAUGUAUUUCCGUUGUUUGCGCGUCUGAAGUUUCGAGCAUCACGAGCGCUUCUUUGCGAAAUUUUAAACGUAGUAUACCCAAAGAAGGAAAGGGAAGACGUGCGAGAAAUUGUCAUUGGACUGAAUUCAUGGGACAAAUCCAAUGUCGAAGAGCCGGAUUAUAGGCGACGUUUGAAUAGUCACAACGCUGCCAACUCCCUUCUGAACACAGUCGAUGACGCCGACUUCUCUGACUUUUGUCGACUUCUCUUUUACAACUGUGUGCAUCUUUUGGAAGCGGGCAUCGACAUGUCUCUGCGAGAUAACGCAUGUUUUUCAAUGCAAAAGACAGUUGAAACCAUCCGCGUUCGUUUAAACUUCGAAGAUAGUUCGAAAUUAUUACGACGCUGUAUCCUGCCUAAACUGUGUUGUCUGCUUACUUCAAAAAGUGAUAUAGUUCGUUGCAGCGGCCUGCAGGUGCUUCGUUCCUGCGUUCUCAACUUUUCUACGCACCCGAAACUUAUCAGUUUAAGCCAGUUGAUCAGCGAAGACGAUACCGAGGCAGAUUUUUUUGAGAAUCUUCGGCAUAUUCAGCUCCACCGAAGGGCACGAGCUUUGCGUCGCUUAUCAGAAAAAAUGCUUAACAAACCGACUGACUUUCGCCGGAUACCUGCGGAGACGUUGCGUUGUUUCGUUCUGCCUGUAGUCGUUCCGCUGUUGACUGAUCCUGCGUUCGUCAAGAAUACUGCGCUCAUUGACGAAAUUGUCAAGUUCCUUGGAUGCUACUGUUCAGUCGCAUCAUGGAAAAAGUACCUCGCGCUUCUGAAGCAUUACCUCCGACAGAAAGGUUUGGAAGCGAUCCAAGCGAAGCUACGCAUAAGAAUACUUGUUUCCAUAUUGGAUUCAUUUCACUUCAAGCUGAAAAACUGCGAUUCUUCAGAACAGCCUGACUCCUCAUCACUCUAUUCUGAUAAGGAGCGAGAAGUGCUGGAUUCCAUACGGGGUCUGUUGCCGUCUUUGAUAAAUUACUUUUCUCGUGCUGGCAGCCACGAUUUCGCGCACAAGCUAUCUCAAGAAGCGAAGUAUGCCGACGAAGCUCUUGCAGUGGCCCGCAUACCAGUUGCUAUGGCAUUGGUCAACCUGCUAACUAAAUUGCCGGAAUCUUUUCUCAGCGAUAACCUCAGUCGGAUAAAUUUUAAAAUUUACAACAUGCUGAAGAGUAGAUCAUGGGAAGUGCGUGAGACGUCGCGAAAGACGCUGUGCUCGAUCGCACGAUCAGUCGGUGCCACAUACCUAUCGUCAAUGGUCAAGGAUCUGAGGAGUGUGUUGAUCCGCGGAUACCAGCUUCACGUACUCACCUACACCAUCUAUACACUGUUGACCUCGGUCGCUAUGGAACUGAAGCCGGGCGAUCUCGACGGCUGUCUGCGCGAUAUCUGCGCCAUAUGCAAUGAGGAACUGUUUGGUGAAUUGAGCGAAGAAAAAUCGGUCGAAAAGAUUACGCGUACCGUAAGAGAGGCGAGAGAGUCAAAAAGUGCGGUUACCUAUGCAGUUCUUGGUCGUUUCAUUAUGCAGGAUGAUCUUAAAUCGAUUGUGGAGCCGCUUAAAGAGAUUCUGAAGUCCAGGCAUGACACGAAAACCGUCAACGUUGUUUAUGCUGCGUUACAUCAGUUCGUCGACGGUGUGAUUAUGAAUCAGGCGCUCAGCAUUGAAGCAUUGCUCAUCUUUUCUCAUCAGAUGUUAUCUGAGGGCUUGCAGCUGUUGAAUGAAUCACCGCGAAGCAAUAAUCAUGCAAAUGAUGGAGAAAUCCGUCCUGUCAUCAUUAGCACGUAUAUCGUACCGGCGGAGCCACGAAGAACUGGUGAAAUUCCUAAACAGUCUAUCAAAACCAGUCUGCAUGUGUUGGUUCGAUUCGCGUUGGAGAUUUUUCACCUCACAUAUCGCAAGAAGAAUCUUCAGAAAACGGAAACCAUGUAUCUCGCCAUGCUUGAUCCGUUUGUUUCGCUCUUCGUCGAUGGCUUAAGGUCAAAAUAUCCUAAUGUAGCUACAGCUGUUCAGGUCGUCACCGUCACCGUGCUCUCGGUUGAUUACUAUGAAUUUAAUGACGACCAGCUGCAGCUGUUGCUGCGUUAUGCAGAAGAAGACCUCUACGAAUCUCAGAGACAGGCUUCUGCCUUCUCUUUGAUAAAGGUACGUUUGUUUUUCUCUCUCUCGCAAAUUUAAUG